GCCAGUGAAAAUUUACACGUAUCGAUGUGAAAUUCUUUUUUUUAUAAUUAUUAUAUUUGUUUUAAAAAAUCUAUCCAUUAUAAAAUAAUUUCCAAUCAAAAUAUAUAUUAUUAAUAAAAUGUUUGCUAAUCUUAAAAAUAAACUAAUUGAAGAAGUUAAAGCAUCACCAUCGAAAUUCCAACAAUUCGCCAAUGCUGCACAGGCAGCCGUUUCGUCGUCAUCGGGAACACUUCCCGGCUCCGAAUCGGUGUCAGGAAAUGAAAACUUUUUCAGUAUUACCGAAGAAGACACCCCACAAAAUUCCCCUCAUAAACCAUUAAAAUUGCCAAUGGGCAGUGCUCGGGCAAAGGGACCAAACAUAUCCCCGCAAUCGAAUAAUGGUGCCAUACCAAGAACAAGGAAACUCUCGAAUUCGUCCGUGGCAAGUGAUGUCUCAUUUCGUUUGCCUUCAUAUGAGUCUCCAGCUGUUUAUCAUCUUCAAUCGGAUCUUGAUGUUUCGGCAAGUGAAGUGGAAGAUUCUGCUUCAACAGCUCGUUUGGAUAUGAUCAAUAAGGAACAAUUGUAUGAUGCAUAUAGAAAAGCUUUGGAUAGAUAUCAGAAAUAUCGCUCGAGAUAUGCUGAUUUAGCUAAAAAGUAUAAGGAUUUGGAAACGGACAGUACCAAGGCAAGAUCUGUCCUAGUUGAGACUCAGGACAAAGCAAUUCGUCGUAUAAAUGAGCUCCGUGAACAAUGUGCAUUGGAACAGCAAGCUAAAGCUCACCUCGAAGAGGCUCUUCGUGUCGAAAUGGAUGACAUGCAAUGCAAGAUGCAGGCAUAUCAAACAAAACUAACUCUACUCGGAGAAAAUCCCGAAAACAUUAUAGCUCUAACAAAAAAUGAGCCACUUAUUCAACUCAAUAACAAUUCCACCACAAACCAAACAACCACCGAUCCAAAUAACCUCAUCAAUCUUGAUGCCGAACCAACUAUCAAUCACAGUGAAUCAGCAAAUUUGGAACAAAAACUUGCCGAACAACAAAACCAAAUCAAAGCACUCACCCAAAAGCUUGAAGAAGCCAACAAAACAAUUGAAUUGAUGAAACAACAAGAAGAAGAAAGUGCCAUUUCACUGGCACAAACUAAACAAGCCAUCUACUCUGAGCUCGAAAGCAAAGAGACACAAGUUCAACGUUUGAAAACAAAUCUCAAUGAUGUUGAUGCAAAAUAUCAAUCAACAUUGAAAGAAAACAAACAGAUUACGGGACAAGUUAAAGAAUUGGAUGAAUUGAAAGAAAAACUCAAAACAAUUACAAUGGCUAAGCAAGAAGCUGAAGCAAAAUUAAUUUCAUCAAAUCACAUACAAGGCGAAACGAAACAACAAAUUAUAGCAAAGGACAAGGUUAUUUCAAACCUCGAGGAAAAGUUACAGGAUCUCUCAAAGAAAUACGAUGACCAAAUGAAGGACUUGAGACACCAAAAUGAACAACUCAGUGAAAUGAUAAGACAAUAUCAAAAUUCUGAGAUUUCCAUUGCCGAAAUUGACAACGAACUCAAUCGCACCAAGACCGAAAACAAUGCUCUGAGAGAGACUAUUUCAGAAAACCAACGUAAAAUACAAGAAAUUCAAUCAGAACUUGAAGAAAACCGCAAAGAAUUGGACAAAAUUCAAGCAGAAAAGGAAAAUCUAAGAAUAUUAAGCGAAGAAUCAAAGCAGAAGAAUGAAGAACUCACCAAAGAAUUCGAAGAUGUUCGCCGUGAGAAAGAUGAAAACGAAAUCCGAUUGAAGCAACUUGAAUCCGAAAUAAAGAUGCUGAACGAUCAGAACUCAAAUACUGAAUCUGAAACUAUAGUAGCUCUAAAGGAAGCUCUACACAACGCCAAAUCAGAUGCGGAUACUCAAUUAAAGGCAGUGAAGGAUGAACUCACUGCAAAGGAAAAGGAACUCAAAUCAACGAGCAAUAAACUUGGAAAACUCAAAAAACAACUUGAAUCGCAAGAGUCUAAUGGACGAGAAGAAAUCGAACGCCUUCGACAAAGCAUUUCAGAAUACGAAUCCAAUCUAGCACAAAUGCAAGCAGAUCAUCAGCUACAAGAAGAAGCAAUGGAAAGAGAAAAAUCCGACCUCAAGGAACAAGUGACGAGCAUUCUGAAAGAAAUUGGAACAAUGGAAGAAGAAAUGCGCAAUGUUCGUGCAUCCCAUGCCGAAUUGGAAGCUGAAAAACGUUCUCUAGAACAGAAGUUUGAAAGUAUAACAAAAGACAAUGAUGACCAUCAGAAUAGAUGGAAGUCGGACCUCGAUGAAUCUCUAGAGAAACUAAAACUUGUUGAACAAAAGUUGCAAAACAUCGAAAGUGAAAGCUCUCAAUUGGCUGAAAAGAACUGUUUGCUAGAAGAGAACUCUAACAGAUUGGAGAAAAUUAUUGCCGAACACGAAAAACAACGCUGUGAAGCAGAAUCCGAGCUUAGUCAUCUGAAGCAGCAAUACGAAACAAGUGAAGAAAAUAUUCAAAAGUUGAAUGAAAAAAUGGCCCAGAUACUAGAUGAGAAUUCAAGGUUACACAAUGCCAAGGAAUUGAUGGAACACGAGCACAGAUCACUUCAAGAUCAGUGUGAUUCACGUGAAAAGGAGAAGCUUUGUGUAUUGGAUUCGAACAAGUGUUUGGAAGAUGAAAUGAAAGUAAUUAAGGAAGAGAUUGAAAGCUUGACCAGGGAGAAUAAUAAUCUUAGUGAGAUUUCUAACAAUUUACGAGGAGAUUUAACCGAUGCACUGGAUAAGGUGCGUGUAGAGGAGGAGAAAAAUGAAAAACUCCUCAAAGCAAAGGAACAUCUGGAAGAAGAGCUUCGAGUUGCAAAAGAAAAUGGAGAAGACAAACAGAUGGUCGAGAACUUGAAAAAGAAAAUGACAGAAUUCGAAUUGAUGUCUGAGGAAAAAAUUAAACUAGCCGAAGAUCAAAUUCGAGAACUUCAACUUAAACUAGAUGAACACACAAAAGAAUCGGAACAGAAUAACCUUUCAAACGAAGAACUCUCGGUGUUGAGAGAGAAAGUCCAUGAACUCCAACAGCAACUAGAAGAGACUAAGCAACAAAACCAGAUUCUUACUGACAAAUUAUCGUCUACUGAGUCACAAAUAAGCGUCUUGAGUGAAGAACUUAAAGCAUCUAAAGAAAAUGUUACACAACUCACUGAGACCAAUGAAAAACUUCAAAAUGAAGUCAAUAGUUUGGAGAACAACAAUCAAUCCCGUUUGGCUGAGUUGGAAACUCGCCUCCAACAGACAAGCGAUGAAAAUCAAAAUCUUCAAGAAUCCGCCCGUAAUGCAACCGACUUGGAAAAGAAGCUGCAAAAUUAUGAACAGCUUCAGCUGGAGAAUGAAUAUCUGAAUACCUUGAAAGAGCAAUUGCAAGCAGAUAUUAGGAAUCAGAGUGAAGAUGCUGCCAAUGUGGCUAUACAAAUUGCAGCCUUGAAUGAGAAAAUCAAUUCCCAGCGAUGUGAGCUUUAUGUACUUAAUGAAAACCAAGAGAAGCACAAUAGCGAGGUGGAAGCUAAGUGUAAGGAAAUCCUCAAAGCCCAAGAAGAAGUGGAGCAAUUGAAGCAAAGUCUUGAGACGGAGAAAGCCGAGGCAACAAGACAGAAUGAACAUGCAGCAUUUAUCACUGCUCAGAAUGACAAUAUUCAAAAGGAGCUUUUGGCGUGUCAACAUCAAGUGACCGAGUUGGAAAAAGAGUUGCGUGAGGUAAAAACUGCUUGUGAAGAUGUGACCGGACAGAAGUUGAAGCUCAUCGAUCAACUGGCUAGUGCAGAAGCAUUGAGUAAACAACAAAUGGAUAGUUUGCGGGUAGAACUCGAACGAAGUAGUAGCACUUUGGAGACUCUUAACAAAGAAGUCGAUGAUUUGAAUAAAGAAAUUGAAAAGGUAGACGCUCUGAAAGAUGAAAAGAAUGAACUUCUUAAAGAGAUUGAAGCACUAAAAGUAGAACUGGCAGAAAAAGUGCCAUCACAAGUUAAGAUUGAAACAGUUGCCGAAUCAACCAAAGCAUCUCAACAUGAAUCGGAAAAUUUGAGAAAAAUCAAUGAACAACUUCAAAAAGAGUUAGAAGAUCUGCAAUAUAAGUCCCGAGGAGAAAUUGCUAAUCUAACAGAAGAAAUCGAUGAUCUGUUGGCGAAUGCGAAACACAUGAGUGAAAAACUGAUCCAAUAUGAGAAAGAAGAAAAAAGUGCAAUUCAAGUAAAUACAGCAAAUGCAACUGUGCCAUCGGAAGAAGAAGGAAAUUCCGAACGUAUUCAGCAAGAAAAAGAAGAGCUAGAAUCUAAACUCAAAACUAUUAUGCACGAUGUUCAAGAUGUUUCCAAUCGAAAUCUAUUUUUGGAACAGAAAUGUGAGAAUUAUUUAAUUCUAGAACAAUCAAACGAACGAUUGAAGUCACAAAACGAGAAACUAUCACGCCAAUUGGAUGAAACACUGAUAUCCAUGCAGCAUAACGAAGGAGUGACAGCAAAUACAGAGUUUGAAUAUUUGAAGAAUAUUAUGUUUCAGUAUUUAACUGGUACAUUGAAUGGAAACAAUGAAACACUUGUUAAAGUAAUAUCUGCGGUAUUAAAGUUUACACCACAGCAAACGCAAGUUGCAAUUGAAAAAGAACAUCAGAGGAGAUCAUUGCUCGGCCAACUUAACAAACUUCUAUAGCAGGAAAACGAAUCCUAUAGCAUUUGGUAACAUAUGAGUUGUUAGUUAUUAAAACAAAAUAAAAAAUAAAAAAAAAAUGUUGACAGCUUUUGUAAAUGUUUAGGUUUAAAAAAUAAGUUUAAUUAAAAGAUAAAACAACCUGCUUAUGUAAUUGUAUAAAAUAAUAUGUAAAGAAUGUACCUUUGUUAUCAGAAAAUUAAACAUAAACUUCUUCUACAGAGUUUUUAUUGGCAAGCAAAGUAAGUUUAAACAAAACUAAUCCCAUUCAAAAAUUAUACUUUAUGUGUAUUUAUUGC